UUCAUACAAUGGUGCCCUCACGCACUAUGAUGUUAUCAAGCCCCUCACAGUACGACUGCUGGAACUCAGGCCUGCAUGCAAGCAUCCUUACCUGGGACACAUGGAUAGCACAACCUUGAGACACAGCAAGCGCUCAUAGCAGGGAGGACUCAAAGGAGGAGUCAAAUAUCAGGAUGUCUCUCAGAACAGAGGGGGCCCAGUGUGCUGGUGUUGCUGUGGAGUUUGACGAUGAUAAUGACAGAGAUUCACCUGUGAUCAAAGCCAGGAAUAUACCACAAUCAGCCCUCAUCUACCUCAAGGGCCCCAAGUUCCUCAUCUAUGUGAGCGGAGCAUUAUCUAUGUGGGUAAGGAGCUGUUUUCGUAUCUGCAAUGCUGGCACUCGGUAAACAGGGCAUGAGCUCUGGCACACUAUCACAGGUUUUUUCAUGAUACUUUUGAGGACCACACAAAAGAUGUGAAUUGUGAUAUCUCAGGUAUGAUAUCUUGAGCUGAUCAUGUGUUUUUGCGUGCCAGGGUGAUCGCAUGUGGCAUUUCGCCAUCUCUGUCUUCCUGAUUGAGCUGUAUGGGCAUAACCUGCUGUUAACUGGCAUCUUUGGACUGGUGGUGGCCGGAUCGGUGCUCUUAUUAGGGGCUUUGAUUGGAGACUGGGUUGACCGCAACCCGAGAAACAAAGUGGCCCACGCAUCCCUAUUCAUUCAGAAUAUCUCAGUGACCAUCUGCAGCAUUGUGCUCAUGUUGGUGUUCUCAUACAAAAAGUGGAUUGAGGAAAUCUGGGAUGGGUGGCUAACUGUGGUUUGUUAUACGGUGGUGAUCGUCCUGGCAGAUGUGGCGAACCUCGCCAGCACAGCUCUCACCAUUGCCAUCCAGAGAGAUUGGAUAGUGGUGAUCACAGGCUACAACCGUGGUCAUCUCGCAGGAAUGAAUGCUACAAUGAGGCGGAUCGAUCAGGUGACCAACAUCCUGGCUCCACUGGCGGUGGGUCAGGUAAUGACCCUGGCCUCUAAUGUGGUUGGCUGUGGCUUCAUCUUAGGAUGGAAUCUGGUGUCCCUCAUUGUAGAGUUCAUCUUCCUCUCCAGAGUCUACCGGAUUGUGCCAGCGCUGUCCGCCAAACCACCAGCUAUGGAACAUCAAAGCUAUUUAGAGAAGAAAAGAGAAAGAAAACGCUCACAAGGUAAUACAAGAUUCAAACCCAUGAAAUAUGAUCUAUAUUUAAAGUUCCACUCAGUAGAAAGCACCAGCUUGCAUUUACAAGAAAUAAGCCGAAUCCCAGUGUGCUUCCAUCGGCUGCGUGGGCUCCUCAGCACCUGCCGGGAAGGAUGGAGGGCGUAUUACAGACAGCCUGUUUUCUUCGCCGGCCUGGGCCUGGCCUUCCUUUACACCACAGUGCUGGGCUUUGACUGCAUCACCACCGGCUACGCCUACACCCAGGGCAUCAGUGGCUCGCUGCUCAGCCUUCUGAUGGGUGUGUCGGCUGUGGCGGGGCUUCUGGGUACUGUGCUUUUCACAAAGCUGCGCAAAGCAUGUGGCCUGGUCAACACAGGGGUCAUUUCCAGCGCUCUGCACCUAGUUUGCCUGUUGCUUUGUUUGUGGUCCGUGUUUGCCCCCGGUAGCCCCAUGGACCUCAGCAUACUAAAUCUGGGGAAUGCAUCAGAUGUGGGAGGGAUGACCGGAGGUCACCAGAGGCACGGAUACCCACUGCGUGGAGGCAGCAACCAGCCUCUGCUGCCAGACCGUUCCUCCAUUCACUGGACCAAUAACACUGUGCUGUUUGAGAACGCACCAGCAGGGACUGAACCAGAGUCUUACGUCUCUAUCAUCCUGCUGUUCCUUGGAGUCAUUACAGCUCGAGUUGGUCUCUGGUCCUUUGACCUGACAGUGACUCAGCUCUUGCAGGAGACCAUUAGUGAAUCAGAGCGUGGGGUGGUGAAUGGAGUCCAGAGCUCCAUGAACUACCUGAUGGACCUGCUGCACUUCAUCAUGGUCAUCUCUGCACCCCAGCCACAACACUUCGGCAUCCUUGUCAUCAUCUCCAUCCUGUUCAUUUUCACGGGACACACCAUGUACUUCCUGUAUGCCAGGAAAAUCAAGAGGAAACCACGUACAAACACAUAAGCAACACAAAUCUCUCUUGUGAGUGUGUCUCAAUCCCUGCGCUGCGCCAUGUGUUAAGAUUCACUUACA